GUGCACAUACACAUCCAGAAGGCCCCAGGGGAGGAUGGGUUGGAGCCCAAGCAGAGCAGGAGCUGGAGCAGGUGUAAUUAGCCAUGAAGCCGAGGGUAAACAAAGCAGGAGCAUAGACAACAGCAAAGCCAACCUGGGAGGACAGGGAAGCAAAUAAGGAAGAGCAGCGGCAUUCUGGGUAGUUGGGGCACUGAGCUAGGUAUAAAAGCCACCAUGGGCAGGAGCUGCAGACAUCUUCACCCUCCUCCAGACCAGCCAGCCUCCACCAUGUGUCACACCAGCUGCUCCUCAGGCUGCCAGCCAGCCUGCUGUGUGUCCAGCCCUUGCCAGGCAUCCUGCUGUGUGUCCAGCCCCUGCCAGGCAUCCUGCUGUGUGUCCAGCCCCUGCCAGGCAUCCUGCUGUGUGUCCAGCCCCUGCCAGCCAGCCUGCUGCAGGCCUGCCAUAUGCAUUCCUGUGAGGUACCAGGUGGCCUGCUGUGUGCCUGUGAGCUGCAGGCCCACUGUGUGCAUGGCUCCCUCCUGCCAGUCCUCUGUGUGUGUGCCCGUGAGCUGCCGGCCUGUCUGUGUGAGCUCCUCCUGCCAGUCAUCCGGGGGCUGCCAGCCCUCCUGCCCCACCCUGGUCUGCAGACCUGUCACCUGUAGCACCCCCUCCUGCUGCUGACCAGUGACCCAAACCAGCUGCCUCUGUGAAGAUGGGACACACCCGUGUUCUCAAAACUUUUCUGCUGGACCCCAGGCAUUGUGUGUACAGCACAUGGGAAACCUACCUGUCCCACUCUGACACUUGGGGAAGAACAGAAUACAGAAGUAAGAUCUGCAUCCCCUCACCCUGACCUCCUGUGGAUGUCCCCCUGGCUGCAGGGGCCUUCUCUAA